UAGGCGGCUUCUUGUAGACGCGCCUGAAUUGCCGAGCAUGGCCCACUAAAUAGCACCGCCAGGCACAGCCACAGCGCUUAGAAGCUCAUCCCCCCCCUAAUCUCUGCGCCCCCAUUUUCAGGCAGAUCACCUUAGAGGACUCAGGACUCCAAAAAUGUUUCCUUUGAAGGAUGCUGAAAUGGGUGCCUUUACAUUCUUUGCCUCAGCUCUUCCACAUGAUGUUUGUGGAAGCAAUGGACUUCCUCUCACACCAAAUUCCAUCAAAAUUUUAGGUCGCUUUCAAAUCCUUAAGACCAUCACCCAUCCUAGACUGUGCCAAUAUGUGGAUAUUUCUAGGGGAAAGCAUGAAAGGCUGGUUGUGGUGGCUGAACACUGUGAGCGGAGCUUGGAAGACCUGCUUCGGGAAAGAAAGCCUGUGAGUUAUUCAAAAGUUUUGUGCAUAGCAUUUGAGGUUCUUGAGGGCUUGCAGUACUUGAACAAGCAUGGCAUAGUACACCGGGCACUGUCUCCUCAUAAUAUCCUGUUGGAUCGAAAGGGUCAUAUUAAACUGGCUAAAUUUGGGCUUUAUCACAUGACAGCUCAUGGUGAUGAUGUCGAUUUCCCAAUAGGAUAUCCUUCAUAUCUGGCACCUGAAGUGAUUGCACAAGGAAUUUUCAAAACUACUGAUCAUGUGCCAAAUGAAAAACCACUGCCUUCUGGCCCCAAAUCAGAUGUAUGGUCUCUUGGGAUAAUUUUAUUUGAGCUUUGUGUGGGGAGAAAAUUGUUUCAGAGCUUAGAUAUUUCUGAAAGACUAAAAUUUUUGCUUACUUUGGGCUGUGUGGAUGAUGCUCUAACAGUCCUGGCUGAGGAGCACGGCUGUCUGGACACUAUGAAGGAGCUUCCUGAAAAUGUGAUAAAUAUUUUGAAGAAGUGCCUCACCUUCUAUCCUUCCAAGAGGCCAACUCCAGAUGAGUUAAUGAAGGACCAGGUGUUCAGUGAAGUGUCACCUUUAUACACCCCCUUUAUCAAGCCUGCCAGUCUGUUUUCGUCUUCUCUGAGAUGUGCUGAUUUAACUCUGCCUGAGGACAUCAGUGACUUGUGUAAAGACAUAGACAAUGAUUAUCUGGCGGAGAGAUCUAUUGAGGAAGUUUACUACCUUUGGUGUUUGGCUGGAGGGGACCUGGAGAAGGAGCUUAUAAACAAGGAGAUUAUUCGAUCCAAACCACCUAUCUGUACUCUCCCGAAUUUUCUCUUUGAAGAUGGUGAAAGUUUUGGUCAAGGCCGGGAUAGAAGCUCACUCUUAGAUGAUACCACUGUGACAUUGUCCUUGUGCCAGCUAAGAAACAGGUUAAAAGAUGUUGGAGGAGAAGCAUUUUACCCAUUACUUGAAGAUGACCAGUCAAAUUUACCUCACUCAAACAGCAAUAAUGAGCUAUCCGCAGCUGCCACCUUGCCCUUAAUCAUCAGAGAGAGGGAUACGGAAUACCAGCUCAACAGAAUUGUCCUCUUUGACAGGCUAUUGAAGGCUUAUCCAUAUAAAAAAAAUCAAAUCUGGAAAGAAGCAAGAGUUGACAUCCCCCCACUUAUGAGGGGUUUAACCUGGGCUGCUCUUCUGGGAGUUGAGGGAGCUAUUCAUGCCAAGUAUGAUGCAAUUGAUAAAGACACUCCAAUCCCCACAGAUAGACAAAUUGAAGUGGACAUUCCUCGCUGUCAUCAGUAUGAUGAGCUGUUAUCAUCACCAGAAGGCCAUGCAAAGUUCCGGCGUGUACUGAAAGCGUGGGUGGUUUCGCAUCCUGACCUUGUGUACUGGCAAGGUCUGGACUCACUCUGUGCUCCAUUCUUAUAUCUAAACUUCAACAAUGAAGCCUUGGCUUAUGCAUGCAUGUCUGCUUUUAUUCCCAAGUACCUGUAUAACUUCUUCUUGAAAGACAACUCCCAUGUAAUACAAGAGUACCUGACUGUGUUCUCCCAGAUGAUCGCAUUCCACGAUCCAGAGCUGAGCAACCAUCUCAAUGAGAUCGGCUUCAUUCCUGACCUCUAUGCCAUCCCUUGGUUUCUCACCAUGUUUACUCAUGUAUUUCCACUGCACAAAAUUUUCCACCUGUGGGAUACACUACUACUUGGAAAUUCCUCUUUCCCAUUCUGUAUUGGAGUAGCCAUCCUCCAGCAGCUGAGGGACCGGCUUUUGGCUAAUGGCUUCAAUGAAUGCAUCCUUCUGUUCUCUGACUUACCAGAAAUUGACAUUGAACGCUGUGUACGAGAGUCAGUUAAUCUGUUUUGUUGGACUCCUAAAAGUGCUACAUACAGACAGUAUGCUCAGCCUCCAAAGCCGACUUCUGAGAGCAGCGGAGUCCGAAGCUCAGCACCAUAUUUCUCUGUUGAGUGUACAGAUCCUCCAAAGACAGACCUGUCAAGAGAAUCCAUCCCUUUAAAUGACCUAAAAUCAGAAGUGUCACCUCGGAUUUCAGCAGAGGACUUGAUCGAUUUAUGUGAGCUCACAGUGACAGGCCACUUCAAAACCCCCACCAAGAAAACCAAGUCCAGUAAACCAAAGCUCCUGGUGGUCGACAUCCGGAACAGUGAGGACUUUCUUCGAGGUCACAUUGUAGGCAGCAUCAACAUCCCCUUCAGCGCAGCCGUCACAGCAGAGGGAGACCUCAGCCAGGGCCCUUACACCACUAUGCUCCAGAGCUUCAAGGGGAAGGUCAUUGUGGUCGUGGGGCAUGUGGCAAAGCACACAGCAGAGUUUGCAGCUCACCUUGUGAAGAUGAAAUAUCCAAGAGUCUGCAUUCUGGAUGGUGGCAUUAAUAAGAUCAAGCCAACAGGACUCCUUACUGUCCCAUCUCCCCAGAUAUAAAGGACCAAGUGCAUGGCUGACAAGCCAGAGUGGCAUCGCCCCCUGAGACACCGAGACACAAAUGGACAUCCAGACUACAGGAUUGCAAAGUUUUGUCAUGAGAUACUUUGUAAAUCUUGUUACUCAAAUGUUCACCUAUCUAAGCAAGAAACUUGACUAUUCAUGUAUUGCUAAAAUAAUUGUCUUAAUAGUGAAAUCUUACAUAUUUUUUUUUCUACACUGCCAUAUAGGCCAGAGGAAUUCAGCUGACAGGGCA